AUGUUUCCUUUCUAUUUGCAGUACCCAUUACACCCUGUCAAGGGGUUGAGACAUACAUCACUACGAAAGCCGUCAUUUUCAAACAUAAACAAUAGCAGCAACAUCAACGCUUGUCCAGCACCACCACCCACACCACACUGUGUUUGCAACGCUAACACUGUCACAGCAACAACAACAUUAGCCGGAACAGGAGCAGCAACAACUGCUAUUGGGGCUAUAACAAAUACAGACCUUUUCAAUCCACCAUCCACAUCAGGUUUAUCAUUAACGAAUUCCCACAUUAAUCAACAGCAAAUAAAUUACUUUGAAUUUCCACCGAAAGCAUCAUUACUAGUCCAUUCACCCCUUUCGUCGUUAUCUGCACCAUCGCUGGCCACAACAACAGUCGUUGCCUUAGCAGCUGCUACAGCAUCAAAUUCAAGUACCGGUUCUUGUGCUAACACCUCAUUUACUACCGGUGCAACAGGCUGUGUAUCUGCUAAUAAUUCACCUAAAAGUAUCUAUCAUUAUCAACAUCAUUCCCAUACACAUACACAUUUACAUCAACAUCACCAUCAUCAUCGUCAGCAACAAAAACAACAACAACAACAAGAGCUGCAACAUCAAUUGCAUUAUAUAUCACCACCGUUACAAUCGCCCCCAACUCCACUAAAACUGCAAUCACCCUCAGCACCCCCUACACCCACCGCUUCGCAGCCAACUUCUCAUACAAUUGCCAUGGGCCGUAGAGAGAUUAAACGUUCAAACACUAGUGGCUCAACCACCAAAUCCUACGAUAGUGGCAGUGUUUGUAUAACACACACAUGUAAAAAAUUUACAGAAAAACCAGAACAUCCAGAAAAUCAUAGCAAUUUCCCUUAGAAAAUUCCCCAGAAAAACACCCAGUGUAGUUAUAUGCAGAUUAUGAUUAUACCCUUUUCAAUGGAGC